CUUCUAGGUGUGUGUGAUCUCUCCUCUGUGCCACGUCAGUUCCAUGUGGUGAAAAAGGUGAAGACCUGGACAGAAGCUCAGCAGUACUGCAGAGAUGAGUUCACUGACCUGGCCACCAUAGACAACAUGGCAGACAUAGAGGAGAUCAGGAGAGUGAUACAGGAUGCAGGUGUUAGGUAUGCUGUCUGGAUUGGGCUGAAGAAAAGGGACAGUCCUAAGUGGCAGUGGUCUCUGGCUGACGAUGGGUUCUAUGGAGAGAAUGAGGCUGAGUUCCAGAACUGGGAUGAAGAUGUAGGCCAGCCAAACGGCAGACCAGGUGAAGAAGACUGUGGGUGCAUUGACCUGGAGAAUGGAAAGUGGCACGAUCUCUGCUGCAUUCGGACACGUCCCUUCAUUUGCUACAAUGACAAGCUGGUUCUGGUUAAUCAGAACAAGACCUGGAUGGAGGCUCUGCAGUACUGCAGACAGCACCAUGUGGACCUGGUGUCUGUGACCUCUGAGCAGACCCAGCGCUGGGUGGAGGGGUGGGCCAAAGGAGCCUCAUCUCCUCACGUGUGGCUGGGCCUGCGCUACCACCGCAGCUUUGGCUUCUGGUUCUGGAUCAAUGGAUACUCCGUCUGCUACGACAACUUCGCCUCCAGUGGACACAGAGGGCCGGACUUGGACAUCGCUGUGGCAGCAGUCGACAAGCACGGGGGCCAGUGGGUCAGCUUCCAGGAGACCAAGCAACUCAACUUCAUCUGCACCAAUGAGGAGUCUCUGUUGUGUUUUGCUGCACUGUGCUGA